AUGUCUUCGUCUCCUUUAUCGUCUAAAGAAAUUUUUACACAAAAUCAAGAAGAACGAUCUGAUCGACCCAAACUUAUAUUGACUCCGAUAAUGAAUUUUGAUCAUCAUUCACCAGGUCAAUUAUCAUCAUCUACUACGCGUAUAAUUGUUCCAAGACCAUUUUAUCGAUCACAAAUGACACCCGAUCCAUUCGAUUAUUCAAAUAAUAAUCGACAAUUAUCAGAUCAUCAACAAUAUCUUCAAAAUCGACUUCAACGUCGAUUUUCAACAAAUCAAAUAAAUGAUUCUUCACUUUCAAAUUCAUAUUUAUCUGAACAAGAACGAUCUUCACCAACGAUUUCAAUGCAUCCAAAUUCUUAUAAACAAUAUCGAUCAAUACCGAAUAAUAAUCGCGCUUUAAUCAGUGUUAGUUCAACAAAAUCACCAUUAAUUACAAUAGCUUCAGGUGGUUUACCAAGUCGAUCUGAAAUUCGUGUAUCAUCAUCACCAACAACAAAUAAAUCAACAUUACGUGAAAUUCGUAUUUCUCGACCAGAUUCACCAUCUAUAUCAAUUAAUCGUACGGGAACAAAUCAACCAAUAACAUUUACUAAUAAUUCAAACGAUGGAAUGAUUACUAAUGGAAGUGGUGGUGGUGGUGGUGCUUUUCAUAUCUCAGUUGAACCACCAACAAAUACAAUUCAACAUGAUAGGCAAAGACAAACAUCACCUUCAUUUCAUCAGAUUGAAACACGUCGUGAUUCUGGUGAUAAUCCAUAUAAAUCAAAUAUUGUUGCUAAUCGUUUUAAAUCAUCAAUAGCUUAUACAAGUCCGAAUAAUAAUACAUUUGAUCGACCUUCAACUAUAAGUGCAAAUUUACCACCAAUUUCUUUACCAAUACAUCAUGAACAUUUAAUAAAAAAAGAACAAUCUGAAGUUGAUCAUUUAACUAGUUUAUUAAUGAAAAGUAUGAAUUCGUCAAAUCAACCAAAUUUUUUUGGAAUGUGUGCUCGAUGUAAUGAUGAAAUUGUUGGAGAAGAAAAUGGAUUGAUAGCUAUGGAUCGAAUGUAUCAUGUACCAUGUUUUACAUGUACUAUGUGUGGAUGUCGUCUACGUGGUAUGCACUUUUAUUCAAUGGAAAAUAAACCUUAUUGUGAAUCAUGUUAUGUUAAUUCAUUAGAAAAAUGCGUAGCUUGUGCUCUACCGAUUACUGAUCGAAUUCUUCGUGCAACGGGUAAACCAUAUCAUGCUCAAUGUUUUUCUUGUAUGACUUGUCAAAAAAGUCUUGAUGGUAUACCAUUUACUGUUGAUGCAACUAUGCAAAUACAUUGUAUUGAUUGUUUUCAUGAAAAAUUUGCACCACGUUGUUAUGUAUGUCAUCGACCAAUAUUACCUCAACCUGGUCAAGAAGAAACAAUUCGUAUAAUUGCAUUUGAUCGAAGUUAUCAUAUUGAUUGUUAUCGAUGUGAAAAUUGUAAUAUACAAUUUACAACAGAAGAAGGUUGCUAUCCAAUAGAUGAUCAUGUUCUUUGUCUUCAAUGCAAUCGAAAAUAUUCUACAACAAUGUUUGGUCAUUCUUAA